AUGCGGCACCGAAUCAACAACGCUAAAUUGAAAACGGAAACAGAGAGUUGCACUCGUAUUAGUUCCUCUAAUGGCAUUAUAUGUCUGGUAUGCGAUGUACACUGUUACCUCUGGAACCCAACAACCAAGCAGUGCAAGGAACUUCCUAGAUUUCCCCGUUAUGCCAAGGCUUUCGAAGACGAGGAUAACAAUUAUCUAGCAUUUGCUUUUGAUAGCAUCUCCGAUGACUACAAGGUUGUCCGGCUUCUACUCGAAGACACUACUACUGGUGAUGAUGUACCAAUUGUGCAGAUAUAUUCAGCAAAUAGUGAUUCCUGGAAAGAGAUUCAUUGUCAUGACUUCAUUGACAUAUGUGACUCAACUUUUGAAUUUGGUCCUGUGAUAAAUGGAACGUUGUAUGCAGGUGGUUGCGGAGAUAUAUUUUUGUUGAAUUUGAACAAUGAGCUGUGUACGGUGGUCCCGCUACCCAAUUCCUUGUUACAUUACUCAGAGAUUUUGGAUUUUGAAGGUUCUGCAGGGGUCAUCUUUGAAUCCCUUAGAAAAAGAUCAGAAAUAUGUCUAUGGACAUUGGAUCAUAUUGAUGGCGAAAUUUCUUGGACUAAAAAAUUAAAUAUUGCUCUAGCUGAAAUAACCUGGGUAUAUUCUUAUUUGGGUGGUGGACUGUUUUCUGGAGUGAAAGCGUUUCUGUGUCCUGAUGAACUCUUCUUGUAUGACUACAAGAAGAAAGAGUACAAACAUAUUCCGGUUCCAGUUGGCGGGCUGGAAACAUUUUUUAAAUACACAGAGACCCUUGCUUCAAUCAAAGAUUCUGAACGGCUUAUAAUUAAUAAGUUCGGUAAUUUUCUAUCCUCCCAAUAA